UUGACCUCGUCACUAGUACUUCUCUCGCAAACCACCUCCAUCGCCUUUCGUCCGCACUCGCUAGUCGCUACUCCACCACCGCCUCAGCGCCCCACGCCCCCAGCCCGCGAAAGCGCGGGAUGGCGCCCAAGCGGCCACUCGGCGCCGCCCUGACGGAGGAGGAGGCUGCGCUGUGGUGGUCCCCGAUGAAGCGGUCCCGGAUGAAGCGGUCCCCGAGGUUUCGGCUAAAGCGGACGGUGCUCGUCGUGAUGUGGCUCAUGUCCAGGCCCAGCGGGACGGCUAGGAAAAGAAGAGAAAUAAAACGGCCGUGGCGCUGGCUUGCUCAGGUGGUUUGUCCGUGGUGGAGCAUGCUCGACGCAAGUUCGGAGCCAACGUUUGUGCCACUCGAUUAUUUACGAGAAAUUACAGAUGAUUUCUCCGAGGAGCGGAAGCUUGGUAGCGGUUCGUUUGGAGAGGUUUACUUGGGAGUGGAUCAAGAUGGGCAAAAGAUUGCUGUGAAGAGAAUCUAUGAGAUGGCAGGUGUUGAUGAUGGGCAAUUUCAGAAUGAGUUUACAAACCUUGCAAGGCUCAAGCACCGGAAUAUUGUGCGGUUAGUUGGUUAUUGCAACCAUAUUCAGGAAGUACCAGCAAUGUACGAAGGAAAAUUUGUUCUUGCUGAAAAGAUACAUAGGGCGCUCUGCUUAGAGUAUAUGUCUAAUGGAAGCCUUGAAAAGUAUAUUUCUGAUGAAUGUAAUAAAUAUGAUUGGCGCACAGGCUACGGAAUAAUUAAGGGGAUUUGCCAGGGUUUGAAAUGCCUCCACAUGGAAGUAAAGCCACCUAUUUAUCAUUUGGAUUUAAAGCCAGCCAAUGUAUUGCUGGAUGAGAACAUGGUUCCCAGACUUGCAGAUUUUGGGAUAUCAAGGCUCUUUGGAGAUGAACGAACGCGAGCUACAAAAAGUAUUUUAGGAACGCAAGGGUACUUACCGCCGGAAUACAUACACAACAAUUUGAUCUCAAGUAAGUUUGACAUAUUCAGCCUUGGUGUUGUAAUCAUAAAGAUAAUGUCAGGACGGGCGGGCUACUCAAAAAUUACUGACAUGUCUCCCCAGGAAUUCACUAAUCUUGUACAGGAAAAAUGGACAAAAAGGCUACAUGAAACAUCGAGUCUGAUGAAGGCAUAUUCCAAGCAAGUGAAGACGUGUAUUCAAAUAGGUUUAAUGUGUGUGAACGAUGAUCGACAUAAAAGGCCAUCUAUACAGGAUAUUGUCAAUAGACUGAAUGAGACAGAAACUGAGUGUACCUAUGCGGCAAGAAAGGACGGGUCGUUGAUUUACCAGAUUCGAGAGGAUGACUCAAUCACAUCCAUGGGUGCAAGUCUAACUGGCCAACAGAAUGGACACUUCAGCUUCUCGAUAACUGAUGCACCUGGUACUUAUCCUGUAUCAGAUGUUGCUGGGACUACCCCAGGUGGAGUUAGUCUGGGAAUCUCUUCACCUAACCAUGUUCCGGUUGACAUGUCCAGUGAGCCUCCUUCAGAUGAAUUUGAUGCGACAGACCAGGGCAUUGCACCAGCUAACAACGGUACGCGAUUUUCAAUACCCAUGGUACUUGUGAUGACUACCAAACGGAGAAGUGCCAAAUUCCAACAAUCAACCUCAUGAUUAUGAACAUGAUGGUGGCAACCAGUGAUUAAGCUUGAAGCCACUACAACAUGCUUUCCUCUACCACACUAAACAUGAUGAUGGUGGCAGACGGUGAUUAAAGUAUUCAGUGUGACUAAAUAUUCAGUUGUACAUAUCCUCUGCUUCUUCUUUGCGGGGGAUUCAAAUGUAUAUAUAUACUAUUAACACCAGGAACCAUUCAUUCCCAUAAAGAAGGCAAUCUUUUCU